UCCUACACUCCAUGUCAAUGCUUACACGCUUCACAAGGCUUUUUUUCCCAGAUUUCUUUUGCAUAAUUUGGAUUCUUCUUUUUACUGUGCAUCUUUCAUAGCCUACAAAUUUGAAUCUUGUACAUCAAUUAAAUUUUCUGGAUAGAAUUUGUUCUUUCUAUUUGGGGUUAGGAGAUUGUGAUGUGAUGGAAGCUAUGUUGUCAAUGUUAGGGAAGAAUAUAAAUGAAUAACGUACAAUUCUUGUCGUGUAGUCAGCAGCUUCAGCUUCUGGUUGAGUUUAAUUUACUGCUUUUAAUGUGACAGCCUUUGAUCGAUUAGGAAUCAAAUCUCAAGUAAUUCUUGGCUCUUUCUCCCUAUAUGUAUGUGAUAGUUUUCAUAUGGGAAAUUUGAGUUUGUGCAGAUGAAGGGAAACAAGUGAAGCCAUACGUGAAUGUGAUGAAGAUUGAAGAGUAUUGCUGAUUUGGGUGAGGAAUGGAAAGUGGUGCCAACAACAGUAGCAGGCAUGCAGUACUCAAGGACUCUUCAUGGUUUAGCCAAUUCCGCAAUGGCUGCAAUCCUUGGAUGGCUAGAUACGCUUACGGUUUGAUGUUUCUAGCUUCAUAUAUGAUAGCAUGGGCUGUUCGAGACUACGGACGUGGUGCCUCCAAACAAAUUGAAAAACUAAAAGGAUGUGCUAGUGGUGACUGCUGGGGUGCAGAUGGCACUUUGCGUGUGAGCAUGGGAUGUUUUGCAUUUUAUAUUGUAAUGUUUCUUUCAACCAUCGGUACCAAGAAGUUGAACAAGUGCCAGGAUUCAUGGCAUUCUGGGUGGUGGUCUGUCAAGAUUGCCCUGUUCAUUGUUUUGAUGAUCAUUACUUUCUUGGUUCCCUCUGCCUUCGUUAAGAUUUAUGGGGAGGUUGCACAUUUUGGUGCUGGGGUCUUUCUCCUAAUUCAACUUAUAAGUGUAAUCAGUUUUAUCAGAUGGUUGAAUGAUUUCUUUCAGUCUGAAAAAUAUGCUGAAAGAUGCCACAUCCACGCGAUGUUAAUUGCAACUACUUCGUAUGUUUUAUGCAUAAUGGGGAUCAUUUUGAUGUACAUUUGGUAUGCACCAGAAACAUCUUGCCUUCUAAACAUUUUCUUCAUUACCUGGACACUGGUACUCCUCCAUCUCAUGACCAGCGUGUCCCUCCACCCCAAAGUGAAUGCUGGUUUCCUGACUCCGGGACUCAUGGGGCUUUAUGUUGUAUUCAUUUGUUGGUGCGCCAUUAGAAGUGAACCAGGCGGCCAAAGUUGUAACAAGAAGGCAGAGGCUUCAAGCAAAACAGACUGGCUUACUAUUAUUAGCUUUGUUGUUGCAGUUCUUGCAAUGGUAAUUGCAACAUUUUCUACUGGCAUUGACUCCCAAUGCUUCCAGUUCAGGAAGGAGAAUACACAGGCGGAAGAUGAUAUUCCAUAUGGUUAUGGUUUCUUCCAUUUUGUUUUUGCUACUGGUGCAAUGUACUUUUCAAUGCUAUUAAUUGGCUGGAAUACUCAUCAUACCAUUAAAAGGUGGACAAUUGAUGUUGGUUGGACCAGUGUUUGGGUCAGAAUAGUGAAUGAAUGGUUGGCAGUCUGUGUUUACAUAUGGACGUUGGUGGCACCAAUUGUGUUGAAGUGGCAACAAAUGGAUGAACCUGUGUGAGACGGUGGAAAGGAGUUCAAUGCUUUUGCGUAUUCCCCUCAUCUUCUGUGUGGAUAGUGGUCAGAAACUUGCAGAUAAAAGGUAAACCCUAUACUCAGGAGGACCUGGCCAGACUGCACUGUCUUACAUUACCACACAUUUCUAGCAUAGGAAUCUGAUGUUAUGGCCUAUGGCUCCGUGGGGAAGGGGAAGAGGAAAACAAAAAGGGAUAGACAAUCAUCCAAACUUACUUCAGAAGAUGGAAUAGAUAUGUGUAAAUAUACACAGAUGUCAUAAAUACAGUUUGUGUCUAUAUAUAUGAUUAUGUUACCAUGAAAUGUACCAUCCAUUUGAUUCUUGUUUUGAUGUGU